CGAGACCCAAGGCUCAAGCGCAACACCGGGCGCUUCUGCUCUUAUUCGAGAGAUCUCUCGCCGUCGUCUCCGCCUCCAGUCGCCUGGGCCGACCGACCGAUCGACCGCCAGCUAGCUAGCAGGCACCUCUCGUAUCACACAGCCACAGCACACACACACGCAGCGACUGAGUGCAGGAUGCCUCCGAUCGGCAGCAGCUUCCGCAGCAUCAUGCGCGGCAACUCGUCGUCCGAGUCGUCGACGCUGUCGGACGAGAACGAGAUCCAAAUGCAGGGCUGGAUGCGGAAACAGAAGGAGACGCUGCGCUCGUGGGCGCGGCGGUACUUCACGCUCAACGGCAAGGUGCUGACCUACUACGACAGCGAGGACACGAGUCGCGGCGCGCGCGGCGUGCUCGAGUUCGUGGACGUGACGGCGCUCACGACGGAGAACAACGGGCUGUCGCUGCACCUGGUGAACGGCAAGGAGGUGCGGCUCAUCGCCGAUACGCACGUGGCCUACGCGGCCUGGAUGGCGGUGCUCUCGGCCGCCGUCAAGAAGCCGCGCACCAGCAAGAACCGCACCAGCAAGGAGGGCUGGGCGCACUGCCUCACGGACGACGACGUCUGGACGCGCUUCUUCGUCGUCAUCAAGCACGACAGCUUCAGCUGCUACGAGUCGGAGGACGACGACGCCGAGCUCGCGCUCUCGGGGCUCAUCCGCGCCGUGGACGAGUGGGACGGCAAGCGCUUCGGCAUCGUCUGCUCGCUGAACCGAAGCCGAACCAUCAAGCUGUGCUUCGACUCGGCCGAGGAGAAGAUGUCGUGGUUCCUCACGCUCGAGUUCUCGGUCUCGUACGGCGCCGCGCGCAUGAAGAAGGAGGCGUCCAUCAAGAGCAACAGCAGCGACCACAAUCCCGUGCUGCGCGCAGACUCGUCCAAGUCGGACGUCGGCGGCGCGGCUGCUGAGGAGGACGACGGCGUAUGGAUCUAGAUGGGAUCUAGUGCUGUUGCUUGCUGGCGCGUUGGAGGAAGACGUGCGCGGGACGGAGGGGGGAUCGAACGGGGCGGAGCGACGGAGCUGCUCGAGGCGCUUUGCCCACGUUGGAGACCCUGCGUCCUCGAGAGGAAAAGAUGAGGCCCACCCUCAUGGGCACGCAGCUCGAGUAAAUAUUGCCACCGAAGGCUGCGACGACGAGUUUGUGUGGUCGCGCUUGCGGUCAUUUUCUUUUUUUGGUAGUGCUGCUGCGAGAACGCUGUAAAAGGAGAGAAGACGUUCAUUUCGAUGUAAAGAUCAAUAAAUGAAAGUAUACCU